GCCGCUCGUAUAGUGCAUAUAUCCGAAGUUCAUACGGCUGGGUAAAAGCAAGGCAUCUUUCGAUGAACAGUGUACAGUUCAAUGUUGCACACGCUAGCCUCCGAGGCUCAUGCUGUCAAUACAAGCAUUCGUCCCGCUGUCAAGUCAUGCGUCCAGCUCAUCGUUCAACCCCGUGGUCCCGGCUGGCUUGUUGUGGACCCAUGUGCAUACCACCUCCUGAACUACUCAAAAGACUCUAGCUCACGGCGGAGUUCGAAGAGAGCUAUGGGUUCGGUAGCAAUACAUCGCUUAGGGCAGCAGAACUUGGGCCGCAGCUGUCCAAGAUAUAAGAGACGAGUUUCCCCCCUCGAGAUUGCAAUAACCUGCAAACCCAUCAUCAUCAAGCCCUCAAGCGAGCCACUACAGCACAACAAAAGGACAAUCAUCUCCUCUGUGAGCGGUCACCAUCAUGAAGACUUACAUGGUGUUCCUCUUCCUCACGGCUCUUGCCACUGCAUUGCCUCAUGCCCUCCAGCCUGUAGGUGUACUCCAUACCAUAACGAACGCGAAUGCAUAAAGAAUUACGACCAACAUUUCCAACAGGAGGAGAAGGCCGUCGAAGCCAGAGACAUGUCCCCAAGGAACGCAGAAAAUAACAAGGUAAGCUGUGCUUCUUACUCCCGAAGAUUCCCUCUCCCCCUCUCCCUCUCUCUUUCUCUCUCAAACGCUAAUCUGUCCAUCCCUAUAUAUAGCUUGACAGUGACGACGAUUGGAGUGGUGACGAAUGGUUGAUCACUUGGAAGUAAGAUGGACGCAGCGGGUGUUUUUCCUUUUUUGUCUUCCGUCCUGAAUUGUAUUGAUUGGUGGAGG